AGAGCGAGAUGGUGGAGGAGGGGAGAGAGAGAUUGCGAAGAAGGGGGGCUGAGAGGAUUUCAUGUAGACGGAAUAACGCACACAGGAGCAGAGGAAUAGAGGAGGGGGGUUACAUUCAACGCAUUGAAGGAAUUGCUGUUUGACUGCGUUGUAGAAGGUUUCACACAAAGAAUGGAUAACUAACAAGCUGGGGGAUCGUAAAUACAAACGCACAUUGACGACAAAUUAAUGCACCAAAAACAAACGAAAGGAUUGGAAUCUACAUUAUUUUAAAACUUUGGAAGGAGGAGUUUGAAGAAGUUUGAAGACGGGGUCUGAAUGUAGUAAGUUAAGUAGACUAAAGAAGCUGAGAUUGCAUAUUUUGGAUGAACGUUUCCAGAGGAAAGUGGAGGACAGAAACAGAAGGAAAGAUGUGAGCAGAGACGAGCGUUCACUUUUAUAAAAGGCCUAAUGUUUACAAUAUUUAACCACUUUUGUUUUGCGCAUGGCCUUUCAAAUACGUUUAUUUUCUCAAAUAAUAUUGGGUCGGACGGAGGAAAACUGUUUAGUCCAGAAUGCGCAUGGUCUUUAAUCGAGAUGUCAGCUGUAUUUUGCGUGCCGUAAUUUUUUUUUUUGGGGGGGGGGUAGCCUAAAAUACUUGGAUACAGUCGUAAAGAAGAUAGUUUGUAGCCUUCCCAUUUCCCCAAGAGUAUGCCAAGAGUAUGCCAAGAGUAUGCCAAGAGUAUGCCAAUCUGUGUUGGAACAACGUGGCCAAUUUCUGUUUGUUUAUUGUAACUUUAUUGCAACAAUUGCUAUAUGUAUCCGUGUGGAUUGCAACCUCGUGUAGCCUAGGUUGCAGUACAUUUGGUUGAAUUUCUUUUCAUUAUAUUGUACAGUAAAUAUAUAUUUAAAAAAAAUGGUGGGCCAAUUCGUUGGUAAAAUAAUUAGUAAAUAAAAUCUAUAUCUAUUUGAUGGCUUUUUCCGUCGUUGAUAGAGAGUUUGAUCGGGUUUCCAAUCGUACAGUGCGGCUCACAGAGGAGGACUGCAGUUUGGUGGAUAAAAGACUGGAGCCCAUUUCAACCAGGAGUCUGAUACCGGAUAACGACUCGAACCAACGGACCACUCGUGGGAAAGGCCAGAUUUUGGGGGGAUUUAACUUCACAAGCCUGGAAUCUAAUUUUAUUCACUUUUGUGAGAUAACCCGAAUCCUGUCCUGUAGGCUAUGCCUGUGUAAACCGUGAUCAGGCAGGUAUGCAGUUGAACCGACCGAAGAGCGCUUUAGUGUCGAGCUUCAACCCGUCGAUUUCCCCUGAGACGACAGCCAGGACCGGUUCCUUCUCCAGCCAGUUCAAAACAAUGCGCUUCUCCUACCAUAUCAGCCGCAGCAUGGCCAGGCCACAACCACCGCUGCGCAGGAUACGCCCGUCCUCCUCCAGUCCUCGGCUGAUGACUAAGAGCCUAUCCCUGGAGCCUGGUGCUCACGGUGCAUGCCUUGGGGCCCACGACGACGACUCAGACACCCAGACAGAGACCCCUCGCCUAAGCUCAGACCCCGGCCCUCAAACCUCCGGGCCACUGGGUCUGCAAGCCCCCGGGGCCCUGCUGCACCCCACUGGACACGGCUGUAACAGAGGAGACAAUGAGAGUGGAACUCCUCAAGAAGUGCCCUACACCGCCCUCAAGCCACGCCCUCCCUUACCUGGGCCUAAACCACAAGUGCCCCCAAAGCCUCCUCACCUGCAGCAGAGUGCUGGUGCUGCUAGACCACGCCCCCGUGCCCCGGACAAGCCCCUCCCUCUGCCUCCACCAUGUAGACCUCUGCCUGCAGACCCCAGAGGGGGAGGAGCCAGCCAACCCCCAACACUCCCCCGCGUUGAGGGAAGCUCCUCCCCCACCGCAUGCGUGCUCUCCCUCAUCGAGAAGUUUGAGAGGGAGAAGAUCAUUGUGGUGCCUGAUAUAACGGGAGGAGGUCUCUGUACCCCCUGGGUCCUCGAGACGGGACCAGGAGGAGACCCCUUCUCUCCCCCAGCCUCAGAGCUCCCUCUGGGCUGUCUCCCAGCGGCCUGGCCCCCUGGUUCCUCUCAAGACCUCCAGGAGCUCCAGGAUCUACCUCAGGGGCCGGCUGUGCUGGUUAAUGUGUUGCCGGGGGAUACGGAGGGACCAGAGGACGAUAAUGAACUAGGAACGUUGUGCUCCAUCUCUGACAAGCGUCUGUCCAUGGAGUCUGGCUACAGCGCCUCGGAGAGACUCACGGACACCAUGGAGAUGAGGGAGCAGGCGGGGUCAGAAUCAGAGAGACAAUCAGAGAUCCCCUCUGACCACUUGCCCCUCCUCCAGCCGCAGACGGACGGCAAGCUGGCCAAUCGGGACUCUGGCAUCGACAGCAUCAGCUCUCCGUCCCACAGUGAGGAGUUGUGUUUCGCCGGCGACGAGGACCGGGUCAUCUACCCGUGUAGUCCCGCCCUCACGCUGCCACGCCUCUCUAGCUCCUCUUCCUCCGGCUAUGCCGAUGGUCCGGGUGGAGAGGGGGCAUCGGCUGAGGGGGGGAGAGAUUCGGAGGGGGACAGUGACUUGGAGGAGGGGAGUGGGGACGAGACAAUUGAACUGAUUAACCCCAUGAUGGAUCUGCUGCCUUUGGCCCUGCCUAAAACAGACAGACAGGACUCUACAGAGCUGUCGGUGCAGCAGCGUGUGUUCAACAUAGCCAAUGAGCUCCUCCACACAGAGAAGGCCUACGUGUCUCGGCUGUACCUCCUGGACCAGGUGUUCUGCUCCUCCCUCCUGGAGGAGGCGCGCUCCCGCUCCUCCUUCCCUCUAGACGUGGUGAUGGGUAUCUUCUCCAACAUCUGCUCUAUAUACUGUUUCCACCAGCAGUUCCUGCUCCCCGCCCUGGAGAAACGCAUGGCAGAGUGGGAUUUGAACCCGCGCAUCGGGGACAUCCUGCAGAAGCUAGCCCCCUUCCUGAAGAUGUACGGAGAGUACGUGAAGAACUUUGACCGGGCCAUGGAGCUGGUCAACACCUGGAUGGAGAGGUCGUCCCAGUUCAAAGCCAUCGUCCACCACAUCCAGAGAGAGGAGCGCUGUGAUAACCUGACCCUACAGCACCACAUGUUGGAGCCGGUUCAGAGGAUUCCUCGCUACGAGCUGCUGCUGAAGGACUACCUGCACCGCCUACCUGACGACCAUGAUGACUUUCAACAUGCACAGAAAUCUCUGGAGUUAAUCGCCACAGCUGCAGAGCACUCCAACACAGCCAUCAGAAAGAUGGAGCGAAUGCGUAAGCUGCUGAAGGUGUAUGAGCUGCUGGGAGGAGAGGAGGACAUCGUUAACCCUACUAACGAACUCAUCAAGGAGGGACACAUCCUCAAGCUGUCGGCCAAGAACGGCACCUCACAGGACAGAUACCUCAUCCUGUUCAAUGAUAGGUUAUUGUACUGCGUCCCUAAACUGAGGCUGAUUGGUCAGAAGUUUGGGGUGAGAGCCAGGAUCAACGUGGAUGGGAUGGAGCUGAAGGAGAGCAGCAGCGUUAACGUUCCCAGAACCUUCCUGGUGUCUGGAAAACAACGAUCACUAGAACUACAGGCCAGGACUGAAGAAGAGAAGAAGGACUGGAUCCAGGCUAUCCAGGCCACCAUUCAGAGACAUGAACAGACACUAGCCACGUUCCACCAUCUCAACUGCUCUCUCCGAGAUGAGGACUACACUCCUCCCAACUCACCUAAACAGGCGUCGGUGGCUGCAGAGAACAGUGUGAUGUGUAGCUUCCUCCACCACAUGGAGAAGGGAACAGGCAGAGGCUGGCAGAAAGCCUGGUUUGUCAUCCCAGAGAAUGAACCACUGGUGCUGUACAUAUACGGUGCUCCUCAGGAUGUGAAAGCCCAGCGCUCUGUACCCCUGAUUGGCUUCGAGGCCUCCCUUCCUGAGUCAUGUGACCGCCCAGAACGCCGCUUUGCCUUCAAAAUCAGCCAAUCCCACCUUACGCUCUACUUCAGUGCCGAUGGGGAGGAGCUACAGCGCCGCUGGAUAGAGGUCCUAUCACGCGCAGGGAGAGGGGAGGAGUUACAGGCUCACAGUUCAAUCACAGAGGCCCUAGAGGAGGAAGGGGAGGAGACUGCAACCUCGGGAGAGAAUACAUGAUUGAUUUUGAGGCGUACAAUCAAUAUUAGAUCUGUUCUCUAAAGACACAAAACUACAAACUGUACAGAACAUGUGUAGCACACACACACACACACACACACACACACACACACACACACACACACACACACACACACACACACACACACACACACACACACACACGCACACACACACACACACACACACACAGUUUAAAACGUACAUACACACACAGGUACGCACACACAAACUCACACACACACCUCUUUGUAUUUAAUGUCAGUGAUCAGUCAGUUGCAUGAUAAUAUCUACAGGUCUGUUUCUCUCAGUCAGUGUAUUGCUCAUCAACUCGUCACAGUGAACCAGUGUUUGCAACAACAACAAAAAAAACUGCCAAAAGUCCAAGUAAAGUGUUGCUCUCAUCCUACCUUCAGAAGAUAUAUCAGAAGAAUGCAGUAUACAAAGAUGUGUGUCACAGUGAAUAGCUUCCCUCCAGUCAGACAUUGACAUUGUGUGUCACAGUGAAUAGCUUCCCUCCAGUCAGACAUUGACAUUGUGUGUCACAGUGAAUAGCUUCCCUCCAGUCAGACAUUGACAUUGUGUGUCACAGUGAAUAGCUUCCCUCCAGUCAGACAUUGACAUUGUGUGUCACAGUGAAUACCUUCCCUCCAGUCAUACAUUGACAUUGUGUGUCACAGUGAAUACCUUCCCUCCAGUCAGACAUUGACAUUGUGUGUCACAGUGAAUACCUUCCCUCCAGUCAGACAUUGACAUAGUGUGUCACAGUGAAUAGCUUCCCUCCAGUCAGACAUUGACAUUGUGUGUCACAGUGAAUAGCUUCCCUCCAGUCAGACAUUGACAUUGUGUGUCACAGUGAAUAGCUUCCCUCCAGUCAGACAUUGACAUUGUGUGUCACAGUGAAUAGCUUCCCUCCAGUCAGACAUUGACAUUGUGUGUCACAGUGAAUAGCUUCCCUCCAGUCAGACAUUGACAUUGUGUGUCACAGUGAAUAGCUUCCCUCCAGUCAUACAUUGACAUUGUGUGUCACAGUGAAUAGCUUCCCUCCAGUCAGACAUUGACAUUGUGUGUCACAGUGAAUAGCUUCCUCCAGUCAGACAUUGACA